AUGUCCUCGUACACCUCCCAACCACACGCUUACGAUCCGCAACCCCACUACGAAUCCCAAUCGCAACCUUACCACCCAUCCCAGUCUCAGUCGCAACCCCAACCCCACCAUCAACCCCACGCCUCCACCUCCAACGCCCUAACCCCGCUGCCACGCCCGCAACACCAGCACCACCCCUCCUCCUCCUCCUCCUCCUCCUACAACGCCACGACUCCGCAACAUCUCACGCCCUACGACCCCUACGCAAACCAAGCACCGUACGACCCUUACGCGGCCCCUUCGCCCGCACGCCGCCCGUCAAGCCAGAGCCAUCACAGCCACCACUCAACGCGAAGUCAUCGCUCGCACCACAGCCACCGUUCCGAGCGCGAGGAGCGCGAGAUAGAGAAGCGGCCGAGCUUGGGGGACACGGUGGUACUGAUCUGGGAGAGUCUGAUGGGGGCUUUUUCGCGGAGGAAGGCGUGA